GGGUUGAAGACUACAAGCGCCGACACUGAACACUGCUUAACUGCCAGAGCAGUGCCAACACGCCCCUUCCCAUUAUCCAAGCUACCCCUUGGAAGUCCGU